CCCUGUGAUCUAGGGGUGUCUCUGCCCUCGAGCUCCUUCUCUCGCGGUUAACUGCUCCUCCGGGCUUAAUUUCAAAUCCGAUGCCCUUGUCCUGGCUCCCGGCUCGUGCUGGCGGGUGAUGGCCACCCGGAACGAGAAUCACACAGCCCCUUGGCUGUGCUCUCCCGACCCCAGCACAGGGUCCUGCCAGCGGACCCCCAAAUCCCUGUCAGGGUCGGGUCCUCGUGGCACCGAAACGAAGGCACUCAAGGGCGCAGCAGCAAAUAUCUGUGCCCUAUCCUCUCGAGACUCCCCCGCCCCAGCUUUUCUCAGCGGGAAGUGAAGGAGAGCCUUAUUUUUCUAGUCAAAACCAUCGGAUUGUCAGUCACAUCAGCAUGACAAUUUCCGUGAGUGAAGUGUUGAGGCCUCGCAGGAAAGGCCUUUCCGCUUUGAGCUGGGGUCCCUGCUUCCUCCCUCCAACGCUAGGUCCUAGGUCGAGUGACUCUUAUCCCCUCUCCUCCUUCCCCACCCACCAUCUCAGAAAGCGGCCCAAUUCUUUGGGUUUCCCGGUGGCUGUCCAGAUCCCCCCCAAAGCACCGAUUUUUGCGGUUUGAAAAUGACUGACCUUUAUCCUCAGUUCACCCACAGCUGACAGAAGGUUCCAGAGGGGAGGAGGCUCUGGCUGGGGGUCCCCCUUCAGUGUGAGCCAGGGGCCGCCCUGAAGCCGCCUGGCCGGUCAGCCCCUUCCCUUCCCCAUCGAUUGCACCACCACGUGGUGGGCUCAGCCCAGCGGACUGCCUGCCCUUGGGAGUCCUGGGGCAGGGGUCUAAGUGUGAGUGCGGUGGGGACCCGAGACCCGGGAAAGCCCACCUGGCCGGCUGUCCCAUCCUACCUGCCUUGAGCCUCCUGGGCCAGCCUGCUCAGGGCUGUCCCCCUCGGGCGAUGUCCUUGGCGCUCCACAUAGUCCUGGGUGGCGGGCUGGCUGGGGUCCCUGUGGGGAGAGCAUGGCUGCGGUUGGCGAAGGGGAUUGGGGCGGGGGGUGGGGGGGGGGAGCGGUGGUGGUGUUGGAUUCUGCGGGCUCUGCUCUGAGCUCCCGCCCAGAACCCCCACUAGCCUGGGGCCUGGCCACAGCCACUCUGCACUCACUCCUGAGAGCCCACGCCGCCGCCGAGCUCCCGCGGGACGGGAGAGCACGGGAGGAACGCACCGCAGAGGACAAUCUUCUUGGGUGCAGGUACUUGCUCUGCUAGGACCAUGCCCGUGACCUUUGCCCUCUUGCUCCUCCUGAGCCAGGCCACCGCAGACCCGUGUUACCAUCCAGGAUCCCCGGCCCUGGUCCUGUCUGCUGCCUGGGCCACCGGAGGCCCCUGGAGAUCACUGUGGCGCAGACCCGCCUGGCCUGGGGCCUUGGGGGGGCCCGAGAAGGUGACCUUCCGAGCCCCGCCGGGCCCUAAGUCCAGCGUGGUGGUCAGUCACCUCCGCGUGGAGUUCGGGGGCCGGGCGGGGCUGGCGGCAGGUGGCGUUCGAGGCCGCUGCCAGUGCCACGGCCACGCUGCCCGCUGCGCUGCCCGCGCCCGGCCGCCCCGCUGCCGCUGCCGCCACCACACCACCGGCCCAGGCUGCGAGAGCUGCCGCCCGUCCCAUCGAGACUGGCCCUGGCGGCCCGCCACGCCCCAGCACCCCCACCCCUGCCUGCCCUGUUCCUGCAACCAGCAUGCCCGACGCUGCAGGUUCAACUCGGAGCUGUUCAGGCUGUCUGGCGGCCGGAGCGGGGGCGUCUGUGAGCGGUGCCGCCACCACACGGCUGGGCGCCACUGUCACUACUGCCGCCCGGGGUUCUGGAGGGACCCCGGCCAGCCUAUCACCAGCCGCAAGGCCUGCAGGGCCUGCCAGUGUCACCCUAUUGGGGCGACGGGUGGCAUCUGCAACCAGACCAGCGGGCAGUGCUCCUGCAAGCUAGGGGUCACCGGCCUGACGUGCAACCGCUGUGGUCCUGGCUACCAGCAGAGCCGCUCUCCCAGGAUGCCCUGCCAGCGAAUUCCAGAGGCGACGACCCCCCUUGCUCCUACCCCUGGCGCUUACAGCUCCGACCCUCAGUGUCAAAACUACUGCAAUGUCUCGGACACCAGGGUACACAUGAGCCUUUGGAGGUAUUGCCGGCAGGACUACGUUCUCCGAGCCCAGGUCCUGGCGUCAGAGGCGGCGGGCCCGGCGUGGCAGCGGCUGGCCGUGCGCGUGCUGGCCGUGUACAAGCAGCGGGCGCGGCCCGUGCGUCGCGGUGGCCAGGACGCCUGGGUCCCCCGCGCCGACCUGGCCUGCGGCUGCUUGCGCCUGCGGCCCGACACCGACUACCUGCUGCUGGGCAGCGCGGCCGGCGGCCCCGACCCCGCGCGCCUGGUCCUCGACCGCCAUGGCGUCGCGCUGCCCUGGAGGCCACGCUGGGCCCGGCCUCUGCGGCGGCUGCAGCUGCAGGAGCGCGCCGGGGGCUGCCGCGGCCUGCGACCCCCCACCCCGAGCCCGGGACCCGAGCCCUAGAGCCCCACCUGGCCUCCGCAGCCGACGACGACAACGACGACGGAACUUGGGAGCGACCGCGAGCUGAACCUUCUACUUCGACGGCGCGUCCCUCUGCGAGCCAAUCAGGCGCCGUGGAGCCGCUGACGUCACUGGCACGCGCCAGGCUGGAGGGACGCUUCAGCGCAGGCGGCAGGCCGGGAGCCCGGCUUUUGGCCUCUUGCGAGGACAUUUGGCCUGUGAUCUGGGCAGCUAGUCCCCUAAAUAAAGUCUCAACUCUUGGGGAAUUUUGGCCACAGACACCUGAUAUGUGCUGGGAGGGCCUGGGAGGGGCAAAAUGAGGAAAACGUGCGGAGCUGAAGUAUGGCAGUGCCCCCUGACAAAAU